CAGAUGAGGAACGUAUCGCUAGGAUUCCUAGGAGCGGCGGCCUCGGCCCUCUUGCUGUCAAUGCUGAUGGUACAGGAGUCCUCGGCAAAUGAAGGACAAAAGAGCGCUGACGGCUUGGUACCAGCAGCCAUUUUGAAGCUCUCCGGCUCCGAUCAAUCUGACGGAAAAUCUGACAGUGGGCGGCUUAUCUUUGGUUCUUCAUCCACCACCACCUACACCGGCGUCAGUCUAUCUACUUCUACUGUAUUCCUCACGUGUCUCUCUGGUACCGGUACUCAAGUCUGUGAAGGUCGCCGCAAAAGGAGGGACGUGAAGCAACUUGAGGAUCUGGCGCAAAGUGAAAUGAGCCCGGAGCUGGAGGGCAGUAUCGACGAAGAAGACGGAAAGUCUCUAGUUCCUGCAGAAGUCUUGGAAGAAAACAAAGGCAACGAGAAGCUGGCCUUUACUGUGUGGACCACCAGCCGUACCGUCACCACCAUCACCACCACCUCCACCAAUGACGCCACCACCAUCAGAGUGUCCAUCUAUUGCCUGGCAGGAAAUAUACAAUUACCGAAUUUCCCUUGCUGAAGACGACGACGAUUACUUCAUCUGCCCAGGCCGCGUUGAGGGUCACUCCAGGGGUCGAAGUCAUGCCCUUGUCUUCCUCUUGCAGUGGUAACAUCGCGGCGCGGCGUGGCGUGGCUUAGCGAUUUUCUGUAGAUAGUGUACAGACGCGAACGAGUCCUAACAGAAAUAUAUUUAUUCCCAGUGGAUGUUAUUUUUAUUACAUCUAUUAAUCUUUUGCGAUC